AUGGCAGACACAGAGUCUAUAGGAAAUAAUAAUGCAAAGGAAAUACAGAAGAUUCUGGAGGAUUUAGAAGAAGCAUACGAAAGAGACUGUGAAUCAAACAAAGAAGGCCUUCCUGCAUUAAGAAAACUAAAUGACUUAGAGUCAAUAUACAACAGACUCUUGAAGAAAAAGAAUCAGCAAGAAUUGCUUGACUUAGGCGUGCUUAAGCUCCUAAAGAAGUGGCUGGAACCACUGCCAGAUAUGUCACUGCCCCAUGACACAGUGAAGCGCAGCAUAUUAGACGUACUGCUGCACCUGACCCCAGAAGUAGAGCACUUGAAGGAAAGUGGGAUUGGAAAGAUCGUUUUGUUCUACUCCAAGAACCCAUACGAGAAGAAGGGAAUCAAGCAGAUGGCAAAGCAAAUCACUCUAAACUGGAUUACAAUCGCAUCACAAGAAGAGUCACUUGAUUAUUAA